AUGAAUUCUCAAGAAACCCAACUGAUCAGUCACAAAUCCGCCUCGGAAAGUUACGCAACCGAUUCCCAUGUUUCCACCGUCGUCAAUGGAACCGCUGGAGAGAUGCAUUCACCAGUUGACGACGCUGCGUUGAAUGGCAACGAUUCAGAUUGUGAUUCGGGGCAGCAAUGGACCCAGGUGAAUCGAUCCUCAAACGGUCGCAUGAGCAACCGUCGAAGAAUAAAGCAAGUGAACCAAAGGGACUCGUAUCAAACAAAUGGACAUCAGGGUUUCGUACCACGUGUUCGUUCAUUCCGCGGGACAAAAGAGCAUGGUUUCUCGUUUCGCGCUCCACCGACUGAUGUUGCAAAGAAUAGAUCCUCAUUUCACGAACAAAAUGCUUCCGGACCGCAUCAGAACCUAGCCAAGACCGAUAGAAAUUCGGUAGUGGGAACCAAGCUUUCGAUGAGUGUAUCUGUAGAUGUGAAUGGUUCGGGUACACACAGCCCCACAGGAUCAUCACCGUCACCAUCCGUUUCGUCGCCUGACCCUCACAACGGUGGCGAGUAUCGUGAUAAUCGAUGGUCUUACCGCCCCCAAGGUAGACCGAUGCGUGGUCGUCGUGCCUUCCAAAUGAUGCCGGAUACCAAUUACCAUGCGGAGAAUUCCGGAUCAAAUAAUCAACAAAAUUUACACAAUGAUCACAGUUCUACGAGGGGCUCAUUUUCCCGUCCUGUUCGUAGUCCCACAUCACCUGUGAAUUCAUACCACAGUGCCACUGAUGAACACUGGAGGCGACCGGUUGGCGGGGGUAAUUGGAGACGUCCAUAUAAUCCGCGCAAUACAGUUGCUUACAAUCGCUUUAAUGGACCGGCAUCCCAUCCGGUGCGGCAGUACAAUAAUCAGCCACGUUAUCGGGCUUCUGUUCCAUCAAACGUAUUUGCUAUCCCACCCCAACCUAUUAGUAGUCCUCCUCCCGAACCUCAGUCCGACGCCGAAUCUGCUGCAGCUGCCGGUCCGGCGUUAAGUAAACCGGAACCACCGGUGGCUACAGAGAAACGUACCUCAUGGGCUGCCGCCGUUGCAGCUUCCCCCCGCAUAGACUCCAACGGAAACUUGUCCCAAUCUUGCACCGAUCCAUCGCGUGCGGAACUCCUCGAGUUUUUAUUAAGUCAAUGGCGAUGCUUUUCAGCCGCGAACUCCAGUUGA